CUCCAUAUAAGAACAAAUCUGGGGGGGUCACAGCACCCGGUCAACCAGUGGGGAGUUCUCCUAGAGCUGGGGGCGGGCAUGGACAUGUGACUAUUCUGCUGGGGCUUGAACCCAUGACCCUGUGAUCACAGGCAUACAGGCCUAACUGGUUUAGGCACACGUCAAUCCCCACAGAAACUGAAUAACAGAACAUAAAAAUCAAAGACAAUGAAAACUGCCAGGAGCAGGAUGCUCAUGUUUCAGGCAAUAGUCUCACUGACUGCAAUGCUAGCUGGUUUAAUGGAACACAGCCAAAGACGAUUUACCCCACUGAUCUACACCAGUGGGUGUCAUCUUCUGCCAAUGCUUUAAUAUUAUUGGAGCAAAACACUAUUCUGAUGGGUGACUGAAGGAUGCUCAGAACUGUAGAGCAGUGUUUACAUUCAGUCUCAUUUAACAUCAUUUCAUCCUACAUCUAUUGGAUCACACACAACGCCUGUUUUUGGAGAGCCUUUCUUUAGUCCUUCAGAUGAACCAAAAGUAGGAUGCUCCAUCAAAUUUGCAAAAGCAAAUUAAUGAGGAAAAGUUCAGUUGUAAAGGGCCAUCUAGGUAUAGCAUUCCAGGAUUAAGUGCAUGAGAACUCUUUCCUUCUACAACAAUCUGGACACUGACAUUUGCCAGAACACACAUCCAAUCCUCGAGAUACACUAUUGACAGUAUUCCUCAUCUGAUUAGGCAAUUGCUUCCAAGAUUAUCCCCUUUAGAAUGUUUAACGGUCACAUCCCAGAAUCGGGCCUCUCCCUUUAUCCCUGAAUUAUUGAACUUUGCACAGUGAUUGCCAGCUUGUAUCUGGAUACUGUAAAUAGGUACAAUUAUAUCUUAAGUGGAUCAACAUAAAUAUGGACACUAGACAGCAUGUAAUUAUGGAAAAGACACAAAUCGCUGUUGUUGGCCAGCCAGGGGGUACCACUCAGCUGAUACAGAUGGUGCUAACAGGUGCAGCUAAACUCUGCUUCUCUAUCUGUUACUCCAUGGCUUCACCGCUUUGCUAUCUGGGACUCUGUGGCUUCAGGUGUCGCUAAGCACCGCUUUGCUAUCUGGGACUCUGUGGCUUCAGGUGUCGCUAAGCACCGCUUUGCUAUCUGGGACUCUGUGGCUUCAGAUGUCGCUAAGCACCGCUUUGCUAUCUGGGACUCUGUGGCUUCAGGUGUCGCUAAGCACCGCUUUGCUAUCUGGGACUCUGUGGCUUCAGGUGUCGCUAAGCACCGCUUUGCUAUCUGGGACUCUGUGGCUUCAGGUGUCGCUAAGCACCGCUUUGCUAUCUGGGACUCUGUGGCUUCAGAUGUCGCUAAGCACCGCUUUGCUAUCUGGGACUCUGUGGCUUCAGAUGUCGCUAAGCGCUGUUUUGUUAUCCAGGUUUACGUGGCUGCAGUUGUUGCUAAUCACUGCUUUGUUGUCUAGGUUUUUGUGGAUUCCGAUGUUGCCGAUGGACAUUGAAAGCACAUUCACAUACGAACUGUUAACCUGGGGGGGGGGGGGUCUGUCUGGAUAUACAGCCUUAAAAGUAACAUGGGGGUGACAAAAUGCAUUAACACAUAUUUGCAGGAUUUUUUGUUUGGUCUGUAUAAUCUUAAGCAGUAGAUCCAAUCUGCUUACAAGCCGGUCUAAACAUUCCUGCAUACAACUUCAUUCUGCAUUAAAUGACAAAAGCAUUAUAGAAAAACAGUUCAGUCAGUGACAUGUGAGAAUAGCAACAAAAUAUUAAGUAGUACCUAUCAAAACUAGUCAGUGGAACUAUUGACUUUUACAGUUUCUUCGCAGAGUAAAUAUCUAAAAGCUGGGUUGUUUGUUUUAGGAGUGCUGAGAUCAUGCAGAUAUGGCAGAAUGAACAUUACUACCAGUAUGGUGCUGUCUUCUGAGCUUUCAGUCAAACUGUAGAAGACAGAACUGUUCAUGUAUAUUAAGUGUGUAGAAGUGUGUGAAAUCUUUAAAGACAGGUGGAGGAGUUUCAUCAUGCAGACUCUGACGAUCUGCCUAUUUGAGGAAGCCAUGUCUUCAGAUGUCUUCAAAUCGCAUGUAGACCACAUUGGCCUGAAUCGUAUUACUGCGUCCAGUGAGCAAAACAGGGAAGACAGGCUGACCAUUCUAACAGAAACAUAAAAACUGACCAGUGCUUUCCUUGAAUAUCCAAAGGAGACCAGUUACAUGCCUUCUGCCUUGACGGGAAGGUCCACUGUUAUGACUCCCAGCAUUCCCAGAAUUCCCAAAGGACCUCAUUCACCCAUGCGAAAUGAGGAGCUUGUACAGUUGUUCCAACCAGCUUAGUCCAGUUUCUGAAGCACUUGUCACCUGGACACCACUGCUCAUAAUGUCCUGAGAAGGUUAUCUGUGUGAAUGUGUGAGAACCUCAAGCCCAGAUUUAAAGCCCACAGGGUGGGCUCCUCACCCCUCUGCUAGACGUCUGAGACCGCCAUGCCGCGCACAUUCAUACAGUGAAGACGGAGAGAGCAUCACUGAUUGAUCAACAGGACCUAACUCUUUAUGUUGCUGAGAGAUGGAGGCUUUUGUCUUGAUGUUGUGGACCUUUGCAGUGCCUCUCCAAGGAUACGUGCGUCAGCCCAGCCUCAGCGUUUCUGUGAUGACACAGAAGCAGCAAGACCCCUGGUUCAGCUUCAGUGCAGUGAAGGAGUCUCACCCAGUGACAGGAGAUUGGGACUCCUUUGCAGAGGAGGAGACAAAGCAGGGUGAAUGGUUCAUGGGUGAAAGUCUGGGGUACAAAGCAACAUCUGUGGACGGUGGUGUCAUGGAGGAUCAUCUGGAAGAUGCGGGUCCAGGGCUAGGAGAAGAAGCCAGCAGGGUGGGUACUGGAGUGGAGGUGAGCAACCGGCAUGAAGGUGGGAUUCAGAGUCUAGAUGGUGAAGCACUGGAGCCUCGGCAGUUUGUGCUAGGUGAUACAGACCUAAUUCCAGUGGUCACUAAAGCAGUAACUGGAACUGUUGACAACACCCACUCAGUCUUUGUAGGCAACCAGACUGCUAGUCAAAAUGGAGACACCGCCCACUCACUCUUGGUAGGCAAACAAACUGUCAAUCAAACUGUGGGCACUACCCACACCCCAUUAGUAUACCAGAGUGUCUCUCAGGCUGUUAUAGUAAAAGGAAACGAGUCUGGGCCAGUUAGAACCCAAAGCACAGCCAGCAAGCUCACCUGGACUAGGACUGUGACAGAUCGUCCGCUCUCUGGGGGGCAGAAGGGGGCUGUUACCAUGGCAACGAAUAAAAAGGUCAAUCCUCUAGCCACUGUACCCAUCGAGUUCACAAGCAAGUCGCUGGUUCAGGGGUCAAGACCCCCCAAGAAAGAGUCUGUGACCACCAAGGAGUCCCAUGGAAAGGAAGGCAAGCAGAAGAAAGUGGAGGAGAAAGAGAAAAAGAAGCCAGCAAAGAAAGACGACAAGAAGCAAAAGAAGGAAGCCUAUUUCCCGUACUUCAAAGACGACUACUGCCCUACGGAGUGUGCUUGCUAUGGGAGAGUUGUGCAGUGCUCCGAUAAAGGUGUGGACACGGUCCCAUAUGGAAUCCCCUUCAAUGUUCGCUACAUGCUUCUCAUGAACAACCGAAUUGAGAGCGUCCCUUUGGAUCUCCUCAAGGAGUACCUGGCCCUGGAGUUUUUGGUGCUCAGCAACAACCAGCUGACUGACGGCUCCGUGGAGGGUGCGUUCGAGGGCAUGGCCCGGCUCAAGCGGCUCUUCCUGGACCGAAACCGACUGGCCAGCGUGCCCAGCGACCUUCCCACAUCUCUGGAGGAGCUUCGCCUUGACGGCAAUGAUGUGAGCGUGAUGUCGGAAGCAGCCUGGUCCCGCUGUCCUGACCUGCAGAUCCUCAGCCUGGCCAACAACAGCCUGGGGGUGGGCUCUGUCCCCCCGGGGGUCUUUGCCCCUUUAGCUAACCUGCGUAUUCUCAGCCUCAAUCACAAUCACUUGCCAACGGUGCCGUUACGCCUCCCUUCACGGCUCAGGGAGCUGUAUCUCCAUGGCAACCGCAUCGAGCAGGUUGCUGGGGGCGCGUUCUCCGCAGGUUCUGCGCUGCUCUCUCUGGACCUCAGCUCCAACCGCCUGGUGGAUAAGAGCCUGCAGAAGGACUCCUUCCAGCAUGCCCUGUCUCUGGAGAGCCUCAACUUGGAGGGAAACCUCCUGAGCCAGCUCCCUCGCCACCUGCCCAAGGCCCUCAGGACCCUCAACCUGGAGGGCAAUGCUAUCACCUCCAUCAGCAAAGGGGCCUUUGUCAGGCUGCCAUACCUCGAGAACCUGGGCCUGUCCCGAAAUAGGAUUGUCCAGGUGGCCCCUAGGGCGUUUGGCAGCCUGGCCAACCUCCAUCAAUUGGACUUAAGCCACAACAGGCUGCAGCAAGUACCCCGGAACAUUCCGCCCACCCUGCAUUCUGUCUCACUGAGCCAUAACAGAAUACGCUCCGUGCCCCGUGAUGCAUUCUGCUCCGGGGGCAGAACUGCUGCCCCCAGUAUGCUUGUGAGGGUGCAGCUGGAGCACAACCCCAUCAAUAUGGGGGAGCUGGACAGCCGGGCCUUCUGGUGCCUGAGGGGCUUUCAGGUUGUCCAUUUCUACUAAAAAACUGGGUCCUCAAGCCAUAAGAUCCCUUUAUACUGAACAUGAUUGAAUCUGCAGGUCAUGUGAUCAGUUGCUCUUGAAUGUGACUAACUGUACAGGUCACAUGGUUCUCCUUAUGGAAAGUGAUUGGCUAUGUGAGUUAUAUGGCCUAUUAUUUUUCUCACCUACCUUCCUAGUACAUAUUGCUGGUGAACCAGCAAUUCAAUAUGAAUUCAUCUGUAAAAUUGUGAUUUAUUUUUAUACAGCAUAGAUAUAGAACAUUUUGUGUGGUCACUUUAUUUGUGCUGUAAAACACUGAGGAACUGUAUAGUAUUCAUAACAGCUUGUUUUUUUCGAUGAAAUAUUUUUAAUGAGAGCAA